AUGUCAAAAAGGAAGAAGAGGGGCCAUGUCCUCAGCGCCAUUUCUGAUAAGCCUCCAUUAGCCAAGUCCCUAGAAGCCUUGCUUUUUUCCCUGUCUGGUGGCGCCUAUGAGAGUGAGAGUAACCCCAUGGAUCCCUUGUUGGAUGGGGUCGUCGAGCUCGGCUGCGCGGAACCGAUGCGUGGACGCGGCCGAGGCGUGCACGGCGAACGCGCGGUGCCAUCGGCUGCGCACCGAUUGGACAACGUGAGCGCGCGGGUAGCGCCCUGGUGCGACUGCGGAGCCAGCGGAAACCGGCGUGAGGAGUGCGAAACCUUCCGGGGGCUCUUUACAAGGAACCGCUGCUUGGGUGAGGGGCCCGGGUGGGGCCGCGUGGGAGUGCAUUCGGCGCUUACCGCCUGGUCCCAAGCUGCUGUUCUGGCGGGAGCCCAUUUUAGAGAUGGCGCCAUACAGACCUUUGACGGCGGCUGGCCGCCAAUCCUACAAGACCAGCUGGACCCCCACCGGGACCCUGAACACAACGUCCUGCAGGUGUCCUCCUCAGACGGGCCUCUGGGGUGGAGCUCCCUUCUCUCCAUGCUCCCUGUCCUGGCUCUCCAGCCCCUGCUCUGACUAGGACAGCAGACCUUGGACAACAGCCAAGUGUCCCACUCUGCCUAGGAUAACUGGUCUCAUCUGUGGCCUCCUGCCCCAUUGAAAAGGGACUGGCUUACUUCCCAAGCUGGCCCCAGUGCUCUUACCUCACUGCCUUUUGCAGGUCUGGACAAUCUUAUCAGCUUCCCAAGCAGGUCAUGCUCCCAGGAGUACUUGUAGGCGAAACUCCCUCUAAUACUCUAGCCUUUCAUGGCACCCUCCCAGUCAGACACCCCCAUCAGAAUAGCCAUCUGCACCCCAUAACUAAUGUUGGCAUCAUGCUUCUGGUCCAUAAUAUGCCGCUUGCUGGGCACCACCUGGAGUGAGAAUCCAGUUCCGUACGUUGCACUGGCCAUAUGGCCAUCUUCCCCAUGGUUUAACCUAGCACUAGAAUGAUUCCCAUAACUCAAUAAAUCCAUAUGCACUGAGACUGGUGUUGCUUUCAUGUGAUCUGUGUCUUGGGAGCCUGGAGACCAGUGUCAGCCACAGGGUGUGCUUCAGCUGGCCUGUGUGACCUUGGAUGGCCUCAGAAGCUCUCCAGGCUUCCUCACCUGUGGGUGCUGAACUGGAUCAACUAUCAGGUCCUAGUGGUGGGGAUUUUGGUUGCUUUUGUUUAUUCUUUCAUUCUCUGCUAGUAAUCAGAUAGAGAAACUACAUUUCUCAGCCUCCCUUGCAGCAAGGGGUGGUCAUGUGACACAGUUCUGGCCAAUGAGUGAAACUCACAGAUAAGCCUUCUACCGGAGCUUUUUAUAAAAAGGAACAGACUUGCUGACUGGGCCCUUCAGCCUCUGGCCUCAAACUGCCCCUCUUCCUGCCCAGAACUUGGUGGCAUUGCCAGGGAUCAUGGGUACCAUCUUGAAAGCAGAAGCACAUGACAUUGUGGAGCUGCUGCACUGUCCGCAGUCUGCCUUCCUCUGGACUGUAUUAUGUAAGAAAAAUGAUACUUCCAAUUUGUUUUAAGCCAGUUUCUCUUCAGGUGUCUGUUUGCAGCCAAACAUCGGCUCUGCUUGACACACUCCCACCUAUGGGUGCUGAGAGCUGUAGUGUUACCUGCUACGCUCACCUGGGGGAGCCUCAUCCCCUUACACACAGAGCCUGGCCCUGACAGACACUUGAAAGAAGGGGCGAUGGUGGUUUUUUUUUUAAUUUCCACCUAAUCUACCUGUUACUGUCCACGUGGGGAGUCAAAUUCUUUCCUGGAGAUGAAGGAAAUUUAUCAUAAAGGUUUUUAUAAACACUCCAUGUGUGUGGCCAUUGAGGACACAGCAAAUGCCAAGGGCAUUGUGUUAAACUGCAGUUCCAUGGAGGAGUUUUGGGAGGAGAGGGCAGAAUGAUGGGGGCCAGGUACUAAGCCUUCUUCCUCCAAAGACUGGAGGCUCCUGAUGAGUGAAGGGUUACUGUGUCUCUGGGCUGCUCCUUCUCAAACAGGGUUGAGAUUUGGCAGGGCCCACAAAACAGGUUGAAGUGGAGGCGGCGGUGCCUAGCUCAGAUCUCUCUGGGCCAGUGCAGCCCAUCGCCAGGCUGCUGGGGCUGUUGGCUGCUAACACAGCUCACAGCUGCCCUCUUCUCCAGAAGAAAGGCCUGUGAGGUUGCAUUCUGCUCUCUGAGGGGGACAGCGGCCAGUGACUGACUGAGGCAGGAGUUCAGAGGCAGUUCAGGCCAGGCCUGUGUGCUUCGAGGGGACAGUUCUGUGUGCCGUUCAUGCUUCAGAGCUCGCUGUGGGACCUGGCUGAGAAUAGAUCCCAGCAGAGACCACAUCCCAGUUUAGCUCCUUCCCCUGCCCACUCCUGCCUCGCUCACUUCGAGGCUCCCCUGAGGGCACUCCCUCCAAUAAAUCAUGGCCUGAGAGUCCCUGUCUUGGGUUCUGACCUAAGACACAGGGUACGGACCACGCCUGGGGCUGGCCUGACCAGAGAAAGAGCCACCGACUCUGAGACUGGGUAGUUAGCAGCUCACACCAAGCCUGCAGACAGCGCAUGUGGCAGCUGUCAACCAGCCUCCCAGCUUCAGCCAGUCCUCUCCUGGUUGGACACCUUUUAUUUCUUUUUAUUGCCUGAUUGGUCUGGCUAGAUCUUCUAGUACUGUGUUGAAUUAAAGUAGUAAAAGUGGGCAUCCUUGCCCACUAUUCCUGGUAUUAGAGGAAAAACUUUUAGUCUUUCACCAUUGAGUAUGAUGUUGUGGGAUUUAAUGCAGCUUUUAUUAUGUUGAGGUGGUUUCCUUCUAUUCCUAGUAGGUUGAGUGUUUUUAUCAUGAGAGGGUGUUGAAUUUUGUCAAAUGCGUUUUCUGGGUCAAGUGAGACGGUUCCCCCCUCAUUCUGUUGAUGUGGGGUAUUACACUGAUGGGUUUUCAUAAGCUGAACCUUCAUCCUUGCAUUCCAGGAAUAAAUCCCACUUGGUCAAAGUGUAUAAUCCUUUUACUAUAUGACUGAAUUCUGUUUGCUUGAGUUUUGUUGAGAAUAUUUGCAUCAAUGUCAUAAGGGAUAGUGGUCUGUAGUCUUCUUGAAGUGCCUUUGGCUUUGGUGUCAGAGUAAUGCUGGCCUCAUGGAAUGAGUUAGGAAGUGUUCCCUCCUCUUCAGUGUUUUUUGAAAAGUUUGAGAAGGACUGAUACUAGUUCUUUAAAUGUUUGGUGGAUCUUACCAGUGAAGCCACCAAACCCAGGGCUUUUUUUUGUUGGGAGAUAUUUGAUGACUGAUUCAAUCCCCUUACUAGUUAUAUGUCUAU